AUGAAGCAUCGCUUCAUCACAGGCCUCUUUCUCGCUGGAGCCCUUGCCGCACCCGCACCUCAAGAAAAAUGUGCACCAGGUCCCCAUAUUAUCACAGUGCGGGAAAGCUCAGCACCUCCAGAUGGAGGUUUUGUGAGGGACCUGGCAAAUGAAGUGCAAGCCAAAUUGAACGAAUCUGAUAUUGAAUCCGAUAUUGAAGACGUCGAUUAUCCCGCAUGGUUUGUCCCCUAUGUUCAUUCCGAGACGGAAGGGGUGAAAAAGGCCAGAGAGGCAAUUGAAAACUACGUGGAGAGUUGUCCCCAGACGGACAUUAUUCUUUUGGGCUAUUCCCAGGGAGCUCACGCCAUAGGGGAUGUUCUCUGUGGCACCAACAAUCCGCUUUUCGGCAAAUCCGAUCCACUCCCUACCGCAAACCUUGGCGAUCACGUGAAAGCGGUAGUUCUAAUGGGUGACCCGGGUCAUGAGCCUGGUGUGUCCUUUGACGUGGGCACUAGCACGAAGCCAGGAUUGUUCCAUCGUUUUACGGACAUAGAAUGCCCUGGUUAUAGCGAUAAAAUUCAAUCAUACUGCGAUUCGAACGACCCCUUUUGUGACCGUGGACUGAAUCAGAAUGUCCACAAUGGUUACAUCAAGGAAUAUGGAGAUCAGGCGGUGAAAUUUGUGGUGGCCAAGGUCCAAGGGUAG